GCGGUGGUGCAGGAUGGUGUGAACGGCGACGGUGAGAAAAGAGGAAAACGCAGCGACGAGUGAGGCGAACGUGGGCGGGGGGCCAUUGGGCGGCAUAUUUGGGCGCUGAAGACUAAGAGGAAGGAAGAAGAAGACGUGGACAAACUUAGCGUUGUCACGUCGGAUCCUAGGUCAUCGCGCGCGCGUGCCCCGCCAUUUCAACCUGAGGUUCUAUCUGGCUCAGCACUGCUCCCCGCGCCAAAUUCUCUACGCUCUCCAAAGCAAAACAUCCGACGCGUGUCCAGGGCACGACCUUACUCCCACAACCCUCCCAUCGCCCACAGCCAUGGAAGAGCAGCUCGUCCGCGUCCUGGCCGACACGCAGUCGCCCGACGAGGCGCCCCGCAAGCAGGCCGAGCUGCAGCUCGAGCAGCUCUACACAAAUGAGGCCUUUCCGCUCGGCCUCGUCACCGUUGCCUCGCACGAUUCGGUCCCCGUCGACAUCCGGCAGUGUGCCCUGCUGAACCUCCGCCUGUGGGUGCAGGCCGGCUGGUCGGCAACAUUCGACGAAUUCAGAGGUCAAUUGUUGGCAGGGCCCGAGGUUAAGGGCAGGCUACGCCAGUCGCUGCUCGAGCUCGCCACCAGCAACAUCGAGGAGAGGAAGAUCAAGUCAGCCGCCAGCUAUGUUGUCAGCAAGAUUGCCAGCUCCGACUUCCCUGACCAAUGGCCCGACCUCCUGCCCUCGCUGUUGCACAUGAUCCCCACCGCGACCGAUGCCCAACUUCACGGCGCGCUGCGAGUGCUAGGAGAUUUGGUGGAUGACUGCUUCAACGAGGAGCAGUUCUUCCAGAGCGCCGGUGAACUGAUUCGUUCCAUCCAUAAUGUCGCCAUCAGCACCCAGAGAAAGCCCACGCUGCGGGCUUUGGCCGUAUCUGUCUUCCGUGGAUGCUUCGACAUUCUGGAAAUGGUCAUGGAGGACCACAAGCAGGCAGUUAAGGCUUUUGCGGAGGAGACUCUCAGCGCCUGGGUUCCCUACUUUAUCGAGGUUCUCAAGACUGCUUUGCCGCCUCCGCCUGCGGAGGAAGAGUCGGACAAACAGCUCGAGGAGACGUGGCGCGGCCUGGUGGCCUUGAAGCUGCAAGUCGUCAAGGCUCUCAUGAGGAUACGCUCCGUUUUCCCGUCUACCCUUUCGCCGCACAGCCCCGUCCUAUUCUCAGCCACCUGGGAAGAGCUUUCCUCGCUCCAAGGUGCAUACCACCAGAUGUACAUCGAUGACGAUAGGCAGAGCAGACUGGAAGACGCUGAUGGGCUGCCCUAUACCUUGGACUUCCUGGUCUUGGAAGAGCUGGACUUUAUGCAGGCCUGCUUGAAGGCGCCGCCUGUGCGGAAAGAGUUGGAGCAGCAGUUGCAAUCUCAGAUGGGAAGCGGGAACACAUGGGUCACUGAAGUGAUGAAGCUCGCAGUGGCAUAUGCGCAGAUCACGGUGGAAGAGGAGGGUCUCUGGAACUUGGAUGUCAACAUCUUUUUGUCGGAGGAGACAAGCGUCACGGCCAACUAUACCCCUCGCACAGCCUGUGGUGAUCUUGUCAUCAAGCUCGGCGAAUGGCUGAGCGCAGCGACGGUCGACGGCUUGCUUUCCUACACUCGCUCCCUCUACACGACCGACCAGUCCUGGAAGGCCAAGGAAGCCGCUCUUUAUAUCCUGAACCAGAUGCUUGGUGACUUCCAGGACGUGGAUCGUCAGGUCAGCCCCGAAGCAGCCAAUGGUUUCAUCGACUUCAUCCGAUAUGCCAUGCAGCAAGAAGAGGAGUUCCUAAGAGCACGCGGCUACCUCGUGGCCGGCAGCCUUACGCGCACCUCUGGCGAUGCCCUGCAACAUGUGGCUUCGCAGUUCAUGGAGGCCUCUCUCAACGCAAUCACCAACGAUGAGUCUGAUGUCGUCAAGGUUUCUUGCAUCCGUGCUCUCCAGCAUUACCUUUCUGCUAUCCAGCCUGCGGUAACACUGCCCAUGCAAGGCUCAAUCGUCAAUGCUAUCUCCACGUAUUUGUCGACGCAAGAUCUUGACGAGCUGGCUGAGAGCGAUGAUCUUAUGGUCACGCUCGUCGAGACUCUUCGGGAUGCCAUUCUGCUCGAUACCCAAGUCUGUUUGCACGGCACAGGCUUAGACCUCCUUUUCACCAUUGCCAGCCAUGGCGCAAACAACUUUCAGCUUACCAUGCUUGUCAGCGAGACUUUUGAAGAGAUCACUGAAACGCUGGCAGCAACCGGUCCAGAGGCUUUCACGCGUCUCUGCGAAAAGGUUCUUCCUUCCCUCACUGGCGCCUUUGACGUCGGCUCUCUGACCGAGGAGAACGCCUUGACGAAUCUCGCCGCUGAGCUGCUGUCCGUUCUCACUGAACACGGCUCGGAGCCCCUUCCUCCAGGCUUUGUUGCAACCGUCAUGCCCAAGGUCAACCGUCUCCUUCUCGGCUCGAACGAUGAGGAGUUGCUGAAGGCUGCCACGGCCUCCGUAAAGAACAUCCUUGUACACGACCACCAACAGCUGUUUGAGUGGCACGAUGAUGCUGGCAAGGGUGGUUUGGAGAAUGUCCUUGUUAUCAUUGACCGCCUGCUGAGCCCCACCGUUGACGAUAACUCUGCCGCUGAAGUCGGUGAACUGGCCGCCGAAGUCGUAGAGAAGGCAGGGUCAGAUAGACUGGGCCCGUACCUCAUGACGCUGCUCCGUGCUGUGGCAGUUAGGCUGGGAAGCGCUACGCAGGCGCAGUUUAUCCAGAGCUUGACGCUGGUUUUCGCUCGUCUCUCGCUCGUGAACGCGCACGAGGUUGUGGAUUUCCUGGCACAGCUAGAGAUUAACCAGCAGAAUGGUCUCCAGGUGGUCAUGUCCAAGUGGCUGGAGAACUCGAUCAUGUUCGCCGGUUACGACGAAAUUCGCCAAAACGUCAUUGCCCUCUCAAAACUCUACGACCUUAACGACCCGCGCCUCUCUCAGAUCAUGGUUAAAGGUGAACUCGUGGUCCCGCAGUCGGAUCGCAUCAUGACGCGCUCGCGCGCUAGGCAAAAUCCCGACCAAUACACCAUCGUUCCCGCGCCACUCAAGAUCCUCAAGGUGCUGGUUGAGGAGCUUCUGUCCGCUAGCGGCAACCUGCAGCAGGGCAUGAACGCAGCUGCUCAGGCCGAGUUGCAGGACGAGAACUCCGAGGACGAAGACUGGGAAGAUGACCCGAACGAGCUUGACCUCGGUCUCGGCGCUACGAAGGCCGAACUGAUGGCCUAUGCGGACGAGGGUGGCUACUCUGGCCGCCAACGGGACGACGAGACGCAGGCUUACCUCACCAACUUCUUCCGCGAGGCAUCUCAGAAGCCGGGAUUCGCCGAGAUGUUCGCUGCCCUGACGCCGCAGGAGCAGGACAAGUUGCGCACCAUGAGCUGAGCGGAGAAGGCAAGAAGGUCAUGCGCAAGGGGGCCACUAGCAAGGCAGUCUUGUGGAUGGUGCCAUGUACAUGACUAUGACGAGAAAAAGGGUUUUUACGAUGACGAGGGCGGGGAAACGUUGCUACGUUUGUACGCCGAGACCGGAAUGCUGGACAAAGCUCUGCAUGCGGCAUUGGUAGGGAACGGUGGGUGGAGAGUGCUUUAAGCGUUGCUUCGUUCCAGCCCAGCAUGCGCCGCGCAUAUUAAGCACGGAAAUACCUAGAGCACAGUUGUGAUGCACUAUUGUUUGACUAAGAGUAGAUAGAAGAGGGCAGCGUCGGCCGACUCGGCUUCGGGGAAGGAUGUAGGUACAUAGAUUAAGUUGAGGCUGAAUCACUAACCCCGACCCCGC